GCCCGAGCUGGAGCUCCGCAGCCGCUAGUCAUGUACCGCUCCACCAAGGGCGCCUCCAAGGCGCGCCGCGACCAGAUCAACGCCGAGAUUCGGAACCUCAAGGAGCUGCUGCCGCUGGCCGAAGCGGACAAGGUCCGGCUGUCCUACCUGCACAUUAUGAGUCUUGCCUGCAUCUACACUCGCAAGGGCGUCUUCUUCGCUGGAGGUACUCCUCUGGCGGGCCCUGCAGGGCUUCUCUCAGCUCAAGAGCUUGAAGACAUAGUAGCAGCACUACCUGGAUUUCUGCUUGUGUUCACAGCGGAGGGGAAGCUGCUAUAUCUGUCUGAGAGUGUGAGCGAGCAUCUGGGCCACUCCAUGGUGGACCUGGUUGCCCAGGGUGACAGUAUCUAUGACAUCAUUGACCCAGCUGACCACCUAACUGUGCGCCAGCAACUCACCUUGCCGUCUGCCUUGGAUACCGAUCGUCUCUUUCGCUGUCGCUUCAACACCUCCAAGUCCCUCAGGCGCCAGAGUGCAGGCAACAAACUGGUGCUUAUCCGAGGCCGAUUCCACGCUCACCCACCUGGGGCCUACUGGGCAGGAAAUCCUGUGUUCACAGCUUUCUGUGCUCCACUGGAGACAAAACCCCGUCCUGGCCCUGGCCCUGGUCCUGGUCCUGGCCCUGCCUCACUCUUCCUGGCAAUGUUCCAGAGCCGUCAUGCUAAGGACCUGGCCCUACUGGACAUCUCAGACAGUGUCUUAAUCUACCUGGGCUUUGAGCGCAGUGAACUGCUCUGUAAGUCAUGGUAUGGACUGCUGCACCCUGAGGACCUGGGCCACGCUUCUGCUCAACACUACCGCCUGUUGGCUGAGAGUGGAGAUAUUCAGGCAGAGAUGGUGGUGAGACUGCUGGCCAAGCCUGGAGGCUGGGCAUGGAUUUAUUGCCUUUUAUAUUCAGAAGGUCCAGAGGGUCCCAUUACUGCCAAUAACUACCCAAUCAGUGACACGGAAGCCUGGAGCCUCCGCCAGCAGUUGAACUCUGAAGAAACCCAGGCAGCCUAUGUCCUGGGCACCCCAACCAUGCUGCCCUCAUUCCUGGAGAACAUCCCCUCCCAGGAGCAGUGCUCUAGCUCUAAUCCACUCUUCACCAUGGGGCCUCCCAGAAGCACCAGUUUCCCCAGUGCUCCUGAGCUGGGUGCUGUCUCAACAUCAGAAGAGCUUCCUCGACCCCCCAAAGAGCUUGGCUUCAGUUACCUGACCUUCCCAUCUGGUCCUGAGCCUUCUCUUCAAGCAGAACUGAGCAAAGAUCUUGUGUGCACCCCACCUUACACGCCCCAUCAGCCGGGAGGCUGUGCCUUCCUCUUCAGCCUCCAUGAGCCCUUCCAGACCCACUUGCCCACUCCAUCCAGCUCUCUCCAAGAACAGCUGACUCCAAGCACUGUGACCUUCUCUGAUCAAUUAACACCCAGCAGUGCAACUUUCCCAGAUCCACUGACUAGCCCACUACAAGGACAACUGACCGAAACCUCAGGCAGAAGCUAUGAAGAUCCUUGCACCUCCACCUUCCCAGACCAGCUGCUUCCCAGCACUGCCACCUUCUCAGAGCCUCUGAGCAGCCCUGUCCAUGAGCAGCUGACUUCUCCCAGCACAGCAUCCCAAGCACACCUGAAUAGCCCCAGCCAAACAAUCCCAGAGCAACUGAGCCCCAAUUCCACGAAGACUUACUUCGCCCAGGAGGGAUGCAGUUUUCUCUAUGAGAAGUUGCCCCCAAGUCCUAGCAGCCCUGGUAAUGGGGACUGCACACUCCUGGCCCUAGCCCAGCUCCGGGGCCCCCUCUCUGUGGAUGUCCCCCUGGUGCCCGAAGGCCUACUUACACCUGAGGCCUCUCCAGUCAAGCAGAGUUUCUUCCAAUAUUCUGAGAAGGAGCAGAAUGAGAUAGACCGUCUCAUCCAGCAGAUCAGCCAGUUGGCUCAGGGCAUGGACAGGCCCUUCUCAGCUGAGGCUGGCACGGGUGGCCUGGAGCCACUUGGGGGUCUGGAACCCCUGGACUCUAAACUUUCCCUGCCAGGGGCUGGCCCCCCUGUGCUCAGCCUGGACCUGAAACCCUGGAAAUGCCAGGAUCUGGAUUUCCUGGCUGACCCUGAUAUAUUCCUGGAAGAGACGCCCGUGGAAGACAUCUUCAUGGAUCUCUCUACCCCAGACCCCAAUGGGGAAUGGAGUUCAGAGGAUCCUGAGGCAGCGGUCCCAGGAGGGGCCCCAUCGCCUUGCAACAACCUGUCCCCAGAAGACCACAGCUUCCUGGAGGACUUGGCCACAUAUGAAACCGCCUUUGAGACAGGUGUCUCAGCAUUCCCCUAUGAUGGGUUUCCUGAUGAGUUGCAUCAACUCCAGAGCCAAGUUCAAGACAGCUUCCAUGAAGAUGGAAGUGGAGGGGAACCAACGUUUUGAAUAAGUCUGUGACUUAACGUCGUCAAGUAUGGCAUAUUGUCAUCAAGAC